UCAUCGAGUCCUAGAUCUCCGGCGAUGUCGAAACCGCCGCUACCUCCGUCGCCGCCGAGGUUAACGACGGCGAAGAAUCAGUGUUACGGUUGUUACGUUCACCGAAAUUCGAGGAAUGUCUACCUCGUUCACAACGGGAACCACUGGCAAUAACCCCAAGCCCUUCAAAACUUAUAAAAAAAAUAAAGAAAAAAGAUUUCGUGUAGAAAUGUAAAGAGAGAUAUAAAGAAAGUGUAAUUUUAUACAUUCUUCUAAUCAAAAGGCGUAAUCAGAUUUUUUCGGUUAUGACGAAAUUGGGGGAUAAACAUGGAGAAAUUGAGCUGAAAGACAAAAAAAAUAACAAGAAAAUAUUAUGAAUGUUGGGGAUAAAAAAGAAGAGGUGAUGAUAAAAAUCGAUUUAAAUUAUAAUGGGUCCCGUAAUACAGCUGGUGUGGAGAAGUACAGAAGUGUUCUUUAAGGAACGGAAAAUUAUAAUAGUUGAGUGGGGGAUGAUCAGACACCAAGUACGAUUUUAUAUCCAAAAACAAGAUUGAGAUCUGGUCUUUGGAUGGAGUGUAAUAAUGACAUAAUAGGGACGUGAAAUUUUUUUGUUGAACUUUUAGAUAUUUCAAGCGGAAGCAAAAUGAUAUUUAAAUAAGGUGAGUUAACGUCGUAUUAUUUUUGGGAUCAGGAGCUGAGAUUAGGAUGUAUUACACAAAAUUAGGCAUCACGCUUGGAAGUAUUGGCAUCUAAGAGCUGGAGUUGUGCAUGCAUUAUAUGCCAGUAACCUUCACCGAUGCCGAUGACUUCUCCGCCAUCGACAUUACUCUCCAGCACCAUCAUAAGGAAUCAAUCUGUACUUCUUCAGAUUCACCAGCUUCUUUAGUCUAGAUCCUCAACCACUCCGAAACAAAAUGUUUGUUAGAAAGUUUUCAAACAAGAAAUCCUUAAGUCUACUUACCCUGUCCCAAAAGAGUUAAAGAUUAAAAAUCUACCAUCCCUAAUUUUUAUACUGGAAAACUUUACUCUAAGUAAUCCAUUAAAGGAUGGCCGGUCCAAACAUCUCAAUGACCCUAUACAAUUUAGUAAGAAUUCUAAUAAUUUUUACACCAUAGAGAGUCAACACCACCUUCAGUCAAUACCGUUCAAAGAAAUUGUUAAAAUUUUCAGGCAUUUAGAAAUUUGUAGAAACCUAAAAACAAAAGGAGAAAAUCUCUUAACACGAUUACCCAAAAAAAAAAGAGAGGAGAAAAUCUCUUAAAAUAAGCAUAAGCUUUUGCUUAGGUGGACUAUAAACUAAGGGGUAACUUCAAAAAACAGAGAACUAGACCGUAGAUUAACCGGUUUUACUUAACCACUCAAUUGCGUAAUCCAAAAUUCCAUAGAAUCAAACAUAAGGUUGACCGGAUCAAUCUUGAGUUGUUUAUUCUUAAAAGAUGGCUGCGACUUUAUCAUCAUGGAAUCAUAUUAAGUUCUUUGGUCAACUUCUACACAUUUCAACUACCUUGUGAUCACAGACAUGGCAACAUCAAACUCAAUAUGACUGACUUCUUCAACAUUUGAAUAUAUAUAUUACUUCUUUUUUAAAUAUAAAUUAUCUUACUUAAACCUCUUUAAUCUUCCAUUAGUUGGGACGGAUAUCACAAAACCAUGGAGCACGAUCUUGACAAGUUCCCCUUACUCUCUUGCGUCCUACACGAAUAUGAUUCCAACCACCACGCGCCGCCGUCCACGGCGGUCCAACAAACUCUCGCCCCUUCUUUUCCACUUAUCUACGACCCACAUAUCAUGACUUCGUUGACUCAGUCCAUCCCCACCACCAUCACGCAGACGCUAACAGUCUUGGCCUCUCUCGGACCACGACCAGACCCGUCAGCUGUUUCCUCUGCUCGCUCCAAGAUCGCUCAGAUUCUUCAGAUGGACUCUCUCUCAACGGAGGAAGCGGCCAAGGAGGCGGAGAUUUACGCCGGGGCUGUGCGGUUGGAGGAGGUGUAUGAUAGCUACGAGAAGGAGCUGAGUGACUUGGAGGAGAAGCUUUCAAGGGUUUAUGCCACGGAGGUGGAGUCUCUCUUGAGAAGCCGUGAAGAAAUUAACGAGGAGGUUGUUAAGGUGCUCAAGGCGGCAGAGUCCGGCAAAGUCCUUGAGAGGGUUGAUCUUUCCGGCCAAGAACUUAAGCUGCUCCCUGAAGCUAUUUGCAAGAUUGUUGGUUUAGUUUCCUUGAAUAUCUCUGGCAACAACUUGAUGUUUAUACCUGAUGCAAUCUCGAAACUAAAGAAGCUACAAGAGCUUGAUGUAUCUUCAAACUCUCUUGAGUCUCUUCCUGACUCUAUAGGCAUGUUGCUUAACCUUAGAAUCCUUAAUGUGUCCGCCAACAAUCUAACUUCACUCCCUGAGAGCAUCGCGCACUGCAGGUCACUGGUUGAGUUAGAUGCAAGUUACAACAACUUGACAUCAUUACCUACAAACAUUGGAUACGGAUUACAGAAUCUCGAGAGGUUAUUGAUCCAUCUGAACAAACUCCGUUACUUUCCAGGUUCCAUAAGUGAAAUGAUUUCCUUAAAGUAUCUUGACGCACACAUGAACGAGAUCCAUGGGCUUCCAAGUUCCAUGGGGAGACUAAAGAAACUCGAGGUUCUAAACCUAAGCAGCAACUUCAACAACUUGAUGCGUGUUCCCGACGCAAUCACCGAUUUAAUUAACCUGAGGGAGCUUGAUCUAAGCAACAACCAAAUCCAAGUGAUACCGGACUCGUUUUAUAUGCUGAAGAAGCUAGAGAAACUGAACUUGGACCAUAACCCGCUAGAGAUCCCGUCUCAGGAAGUGGCUAAACAAGGAGCCGAAGCGGUUAGAGAGUUUAUGAGGAAGAGAUGGGAUAUGAUUAUGGGGGAGGAGCAACAGAGGAUUGGUGUUGAGGCUGAGCGACAUGGAGAUGGAACAGGGUGGGUCUCAUGGGGAACCUCCAUGGUUACUAAUCUUGUUUCUGGGGUGUCUCAGACCGUUGGAUUCGGUGGAGGACCUGGUGAUGGUGGAGAUAAGAAACCUGGAGAAUCGCAUUUUUAUUACCAAAUCUAAGUUCUACUUGAGUUUUGUUUUGAAUAAUUUUGGGUGAAUUCUUGUGAAGAAAUCAUCAUUAGUAGCUUGUUUACGGUCUUGGCAACUUUGUAAC